AUGCCGCGCGCUAUUCCACGGCUUCACGCAGGGAGCUUUAGAAGGCUAGCAUACACACUCGGUGGCGGUUCCUCGGUCAUUGUUGGAUAUCGACUAUGGCUCAGUCGACCGCCAAUCUUACUGGAGAGCGGCCAAGAUGCAAGCGCCUUUAGCUCCAAACCAGAGAUCUCUCUCUCAGAACGUUUCAAGCGCGCUGCCGCAAUACAGCAAUCGGGCCACGAUGAAGACCCAGAGAGCAGGGCAGAUACCCAGACUCCUCCGCCACAAACCAAGGGCCACUCCGUUUUCGAUGCCGAGGGCGACGAUGCGUCAGCUUGGGACACAGCGACACUUCAAAUUGGUAGGGUGUGCGAGUCGUUCGUGGGGUUUGACUUCACAUCCAUACGAUCGAGACUGGCUUCCUUGAUCGUGCCUUCAUGGCUUCGAACUCUACCCGAGCUGUUGACGAAGCUCCAAAAUGAACUAUCAAUGGCGCCUUGGUCCUUGAGCUGGGAGAUUUGGGAAGAAGCGCAUGAUCCCGAGAUCAAUCCUGAAAUCCUCUGGGACGCGCAGGUUCGUGUGUCUGAGGAUCUCUGUCCAGAGGAGCAGGCGUUUCUUCGCAAGCGCCGAAAGAACACGGCAAGGGCUCUCUCACGAUACCUAGGAGUACCGGAGAAAGAAGUCCACCCCGACGACGUGCCCACUAUAGCGAUUUGCGGGUCCGGGGGCGGUCUUCGAGCACUGGUAGCAGGGACAUCUUCUUACCUUUCUGCACAUGAGGCUGGACUUUUCGACUGCGUCACAUAUACCGCUGGUGUAAGUGGUAGUUGUUGGUUGCAGACUCUAUAUUACUCUUCGAUAGGAAAGUUGAGUCACCAGAACCUCAUCGACCACCUCAAGGACCGAAUCGGCAUCCACAUUGCUUAUCCUCCGGCAGCUUUGGCCUUGUUGAAUCAGGCGCCUACCAACAAGUUUCUCUUAGCUGGCUUUGUGGAGAAGCUCCGCGGCGUGCCUGAUGCUGACUUCGGCAUUGUUGACGUGUACGGACUCUUGUUAGCGGCACGCUUGAUGGUACCAAAAGGCGAAUUGAGAUUGAGUGAUUUCGACUUGAAGAUCUCAACCCAGCGCUUCUAUGUAGAAGAUGGUGCGCAGCCAUUGCCCAUCUAUACGGCCGUGAGACACGAGAUACCCAAUGUGCCAGACGACUUUUCUGGCAUGGCCAAAGAAGCUCGUUUCAGCACCAAGCACUACGACUGGUUCCAAUGGUUUGAGUGGACGCCCUACGAGUUCUUCUGCGAGGAACUCAACGCAGGCAUUCCAAGCUGGGCCAUGGGGAGGAGAUUCUACGAAGGGCGGAACGUGUUGCCCGAAAACGGUCUGGCUCUACCUGAAUUAAGAGUACCACUGAUGUUGGGCAUAUGGGGAAGCGCCUUUUGCGCUACGCUCUCUCAUUACUACAAGGAGAUUCGCCCAAUCAUCAAAGCGGCAGGACUCGCCAGCCUGGAUGCUGCACUAGCACAGAAGGACGAAGACCUUGGGAAAGUCCAUCCGGUGGAUCCUGCGGUUAUCCCAAACUUCGUACUGGGGAUGAAGAACAAGCUGCCGCGAAGCUGUCCGGAAAGCAUGCACAAAUCUCAACAUCUUCAGCUGAUGGAUGCUGGCAUGUCUAAUAACCUGCCAAUCUAUCCACUGCUUCGCCCCGGCCGUGAUGUGGAUGUCGUCAUCGCAUUCGAUGCGUCUGCCGAUGUGAAGACAGAUAACUGGAUCAAAGUCGUCGAUGGCUAUGUCCGCCAACGUGGUGUCAAGGGCUGGCCGAUGGGAGCCGGUUGGCCGCCUGCAGGAGAGUCCACUGAGCAGGUGACAGAAGACAUGGAGAUUGCCGAAGCUGCUUCGGUGGCACACUCUCCGCGGACCUUGAAUAGUGUUCAGUCGAAACACGAUGGCAGCAUGGAGGAGCUAGGUCAUUGUACGGUCUGGGUUGGCACGACGCAAGAACGCGACGAGUACAUGGACGACCCGGCCACACGGCGGCUGAAGUCAGACCUCUCAGACGACUGGCAUCUCCUGAACCCCGACGCAGGCAUUGCACUCAUCUAUUUUCCGUUCCUGAAGAAUGACAAAGUGCCCGGUGUCGACCCCAUGACAUCCGACUUCAUGUCGACGUGGAACUUUGUCUACACACCCGAAGAGAUUGACAGGGUUGUCAACUUGGCGAGGGCGAACUUCGAAGAGGGCAAGGAGCAAACCAAGAAGACCAUUCGAGCGGUCUGGGAGAGGAAGAAGGCCAAGCGGCUACGGAGAGAGAAAGAAGAGAGGGAGUCGAGAAGACUGAGUCGAGUACGUCGUGGAUAUGCUGCGGUGUCGAGAAACGGUGAUGUCGGUCAGGGCGAUCAGUUUGGUGGAAUCUAG